UCCUCCUCCCCUCCCCCACCCAGCCGCAAGACCACCACCUUCAAAUCCCGCGCCCCUCGCAAAAAACCCCCCUCGACCCCGGGCGACCCCACCUCCGGAGACCCCGACCCCAACCCCGCCGACCCCAAUUUAGCCGACCCCGACCCCAAUUCAGGCGACCCCGACCCCAAUUUAGGCGACCCCAGCGGCUGCUCCAGCACGGACACGGCCAGCGAGCAUUCCGCCGACGAAGGGCCGGGGGGAGUCGGGGUCGGGCCGGCGACCCCCGCCCCUCUCCCCGCGACCCCCGGGGACCCCCCGGAGCUGGAAGCGGCGUUCCGGCGGCUCCGCUGCCAGCGCGUUCUCGCCCGCCGCGACGGCGUUUUCCGCCCGGCCGUGGUCAAGCAGCUCCGCCGCGGCCACGAGCUCGGCGUGCAGUUCGCCGGAGACCGCGGCGUGACUUUUUUAGAGGGGGGGUUCCUCUUAGGAGACCCCCCGAGCGUGGUGCUGGACGCCACCCCACCGGCGGGGGCUUUGGGGGUGGGCACGGCGGUUUGCGCCCGUUUAGACCCGGCCGAGACGCUUUACCGGCCCGGUACCGUGGUGGAGGUGAGCGCUAAACCCCCCUCGUACCGGGUGCGUUUCGCCCCUCCCCCGCCCGCGCCCCCAGUUUGGGUGCCCAGGUCGGGUUUGCGACUCUUGAGACCCCCGUGGCCUCCCGGAGACCCCUCCCCAGCCGCCGUCGAGGACGACGAUGAGGAUUCCGCCCCGCGGCAACCGGAGGACGCCGAAGUUUCCAAACUCAGCGCCGCUCCUCAACCCCCUCCCCCUCCCCCGCGACCACCCCCUCCCCAACCCGGCGGGACCCCCCAACCCAAAUACAAGAAGGGCGACGUGGUCUGCACCCCCAACGGGAUCAGGAAGAAAUUUAACGGCAAGCAGUGGCGGCGGCUCUGCUCCCGCGACGGCUGCACCAAGGAAUCGCAGCGGCGAGGAUUCUGCUCCCGACACCUCUCCAUGAGAACCAAGGAGCUCGAGGGUCUCCCCGACCCCCGGCCGGGACCCCCGGGACCACCGAGCCAACGAGGAAGCAGCACGGAUUUCGAGUGGGUGGGGGACGAAACUUCGAGGGAAAGCGAGAGCGACGCGCGGGUCCGGCCGGUUCCGCCCAACCCGGAUUUGUCCCGGUUCGAGUUCGAUGAAUGCGAGGCCGCCGUGAUGCUCGUGUCGCUCGGUUCGUCCCGUUCCGGCACGCCGAGCUUCUCACCGGCUUCCACUCAGUCUCCGUUCUCUCCCGCUCCUUCUCCGUCUCCUUCGCCGCUUUUCGGUUUCCGCCCGGCCAAUUUCAGCCCGGUCAGCGCCUCGCCCCGAGCCCGCGGAAGGCACCUGAGCUCCGGUACGCCGAGACCCGGGGAAGGGCUGAGCCCCCCGCCCCCUCCUCCUCCUCCUCCUCCUCCUCCUCCUCCUCCUCGGCCGCGCCCCCCCUCCGGCGUCCCGCCGGUUUUCCAGCCCGGUUUGCCUUUCCCGGUGCCGCUGAGUCCCGGUAAACGCAAAGCGGAGGCGUUGGGGGAGGGGGAUUCCUCCUCCGCUGGGGGAGGGGGGGUCUUCCGAGCUUUGUCGCCGUUGUUCGCCCCCCGUUCGCCCGCCGGGCUGACGGCGGACCCCGGCCCGGGCGCCCGCAGGGUGCCGGCGGUUCCUCGGGGGUCUCCGGUGAUCGUUCGCAACCCCGAGGUUCCCCUGCCCGACCCUCCCCCGCCCAGACCCCGCCCUUUGCCCCCUCCCCAAAAAACCCCGUCCGGGGAGUUAAAUCACGGUUGUGACGUCACGGUGACGUCACAUCGGGGCCAGGGCCGUGCUGAGAUGCUGUUACCGAGCCCUUCUGACGUCACGCUGACGUCAGAGCGGGCGCGCGGGGCUCUCCCGCGCCCCUUCCGCGCCGCCGUGACGUCACUCCGCCUCUCCGUGACGUCACGGCCCCCCCCGUCCAUCAGCUGGGUGGGCGUGGCCUCCCCGCCGGGGGGGAGGAGUGGGCGUGGCCUCCGCUGCCGCUGCGCGCGCAGGAGGGCGGGGGCGGUGAGGACCAACGUGGAGCCGUGCUCGGUGCCCGUGUUCCCCUGGCACUCCCUGGUGCCGUUCCUGGCCCCGAGCCAGCCCGACGCGCCCCCGCACCCCCCGGCCGAAAGGUUCCUGUCGUCGCUGGUGGCCCCGGAGCUGCCGCUGCCGCUGGGUCCCGGCAAGCGCCGCACGCAGUCGCUGAGCGCGCUGCCCAAGGAGGGCGACAAGGACGGGCGCAGCCCCAGCAAGCGGGAGAAGGACCACAUCCGCCGGCCCAUGAACGCCUUCAUGAUCUUCAGCAAGCGGCACCGGGCGCUGGUGCACCAGCGGCACCCGAACCAGGACAACCGCACGGUCAGCAAGAUCCUGGGCGAGUGGUGGUACGCCCUGGGACCCCGGGAGAAGCAGCAGUACCACGACCUGGCCUUCCAGGUGGGAUUUGGGGG